AUGAAAUGUUGUUCUGCUUUUAGGUGAACAUGUUUGUUGAAGGUUUCCAUGAUGCUUUAGUUCUUUAUGUUCUCGCUUUACGGGAAGUUCUGAAGAAUGGCUUCACAAAGAAAGAUGGGGAUAAGAUUGUUCAUCAGACAUGGAACAGGACAUACGAAGGCAUUGCAGGGCCAGUAUCUAUUGAUGCCUCUGGAGAAAGGUUUGGGGAUUUUUCUGUGGUUGCCAUGACUGAUCCUGAAACUGGAACACAGCAG